GUACGCGCAAUGCAAAAGGAAGCAAUUAGUGUAUGAAUAAUUUAUAUUGUUUAAAACAUAUCUUGAAUCGAUAUUCAGAAGCCAUCGAUUUGUUUUAUUAGUGGUACAGUAACUGUGCGAGUAGUUUACCGGUAAAGUUCUCGCGCGCAACAUGACACACUUUGCGUCAGCUAAAACCACCCUUAGUAGUUUUGUGGACAACAGACAUGGAUAACUAUGCUUAUCAGCCGGACGACAACGGCAAACCUUUUGCUAUCACAAGAUAUCCUUCAGUGCCAAGGCCCGCCAAUGAUUAUUUAGUGGAAGUUAACUCUAGGUCCAAAUUUUUAAAGAAGCCCAAGUUUUUCAAAAUAUUGUCAGCGGUACUCAUUGCUGUAAUUAUCCUUCUUCUAAUCGUAAUCAUAAUCUUGACAGUACAGUACUAUGACAAAACAUACUUAAGCAGGAUUUGUACCUCAGAGGAGUGUCUCAAAUCUGCAGCAAAUCUGAAGCUUUCACUAGAUUCCAGCACGAAUCCUUGCGAUGAUUUCUACCAAUACACUUGCGGGCGCUGGUCGAAGGAACACCCAAACCAUGGGUGGUUUCCCACAUUUUCAACCUUUGCAACAAUUAGCGAACAAAUAUUAUUAUCAACUGAGGAGUUUUUAACUUCGGAGGAAACCAACGAUGAACCUUCGCCCGUAACGCAAGCUAGAAAUUUCUACAAGUCUUGCAUGGAUGAAGACGCACUCGAUGAUUUGGGCUUAUCUGUAGUUUUCAAAUACUUGAAAGAGGUGGACCUGCCUCCAGUCCCAAGUUUCUUGACUAAAAGUGAUGAUGAGAUCGCCGAAUUUCACUUCGAUUGGUUAAAAUCCGACGCUGUGAUAAAGAAAACUUUUGCUAUGGAUGUUUUGAUCGGUUUUGUGGUUGACUCAAAUAUGCUCAACCAGUCUGAGAAUGCGAUGUAUAUCGGGGUGCCUGGCCUCCGGUGCCCCUUACCUAGUCCUUUUAAAAAAACUGGUGGGGAAAAGUCCGAAAGUGCGCCUGAUAUUGACGAUCUCCGAAGGAUAACCAACGGAAAUAUAAUCAAAUUUGUUUUGUCCACAUUGUAUAGAAACGUGACGUCAAAAGAACUCAAGGAGGACGUUCUUGAACAAGCGAGUGAUGUGUUAUUGAACAUGACGUUUGAGAUUGAUUCUCUAGUUGCAAAUUUUUCCUCGGAGUCAAACGACUUGCAAUCGCAGAUUGUUAAGGACUUUCAAACGAGAAUCAAUGAAAUUUUACGGAGUGAUAUCAAAAAGGAUUAUCCCCAAAUUUUGGAAAAAUACCUCGGGUUCUUGUUCACUGGCACUAACGUCACGAUUGAUUUCGACAACGAUUUCUUCCUCCUUAGUCAAAACGACGUGGACUACCUACCACGGAUACUGUCAUACGUCCUGACGAGUUCGGACAUUUAUCUUGAAUUAUACAUGUGGUGGGUGACAGUUUUCGCAAUGAUAAUCAAUACUUCGUCAGAAAUUGUCGAAUACAUUGUUAAGCAGACGGCUCCGUUUUACACUGGCACCGCUGUCUUAAGAUCGCGGUCCUUGGACUGUAGCGCUUUAGUUAACAGCUUUAUGGGGAUGGCGGUUAGUUACGGCCUUGCAGAUCGAACCUUUUCCAACAAAACGAAGCCUAAGGUUGAGCAAAUGUUGUACGACAUUAAAAGUGCGUUUAUGGAACAUGUUAAAACUAUAAGUUGGAUGGAUCAAAAAACGCGAACCGCCACUUUGGAAAAAAGCAAAGAAAUGAUCAGUUUUAUCGGAUAUCCGGACUGGUUGUUAGACAAAGGGGCCCUUGAAAUUUACUAUCAAGGCAUCACGCUGGCUAAUAAUACGUAUUUGGACAACAUGAUGAGCUUUAUCAAGCUUUAUGUUCCGAGUAAAUUGGAAGAUUUCAGGAAAAUUAAUGAACGGAAUUGGAGUACUGACCCUCUAAGUGUCAACGCGUUCAAUUCUUUUACAAAUAAUGCUAUCAAUCUUCCAAUGGCAAUUUUGGCAUUUCCGAUAUACCAUCUCGGGUUAGAAGUUUUAAAUUAUGGUGCUAUGGGAUCGAUUUUAGGUCAUGAAUUGACUCACGGUUUUGACAAUGAAGGGAGAAAACACGACAAAUUUGGGAAUUACAAGGAGUGGUGGACACACGAAACCAUCGACACGUUCGAAGCAAAAAUUGAAUGUUUCGUCAAGCAGUACGAUAAUUUUACACUUGCGGGUGUUGAGGGACAUGUCCAAGGGAAGAAAACUUUAGGUGAAAACAUUGCCGAUAACGGGGGACUUAGGCACGCUUAUUGGGCUUAUCGUAAAUAUGUCGAUCGAAACGGACACGAGCCUAAGCUUCCAGGCUUUGAGAAUUUUACGGAUAAUCAGUUAUUUUUUAUAGCUUUUGGAAGUAUUUGGUGUGAGACGAUUUCUCCCGAUGAUUUGGAAAGUCAGAUUGAAUAUGACGAACAUUCUCCUAAUAAGAUAAGAGUUAUAGGUUCGUUACAAAAUUCCAAGGAAUUUGCUCAAGCGUUUCAAUGUCCUGUCGGGAGUAGAAUGAACCCAAAUACUAAUAAAUGUCAAGUGUGGUGAUAAAAGUAAAAUGUGUGAUAUUUUUUUGAAUUGCUUUAAUUCAACUAGACCAAAAUAGCUUUCUAAUGUGUGCCUUUUGUGUGAUAUUACGUAGAUAGAGUAUUUUUCAAUAAAUAAGUAAUUAUCGGUG